GCAAGUACCAAAUGUUAGAAAGGUUGUAACGUUAUGAUGACGCACGUGUAAUGCGCUCAGCUGGAUAGAGAGCUGAAGUUGUCGGUGUGAACGCCUCAACUGAGCUCAUCUGCAGCCUGGAUUACACUCUGAAGAAAGUAAAUCUGUGUAUCUCCUUUCAAAAUGAGCCGGGACACUGCCAUCCACAGCUGGCCUGGCUCCUAUUACAUCAACAGUGAGAAGCGGUGGGAGAGUGGAACCCUGUCCAUCACCAGAAGCACAGUGCGCUUCGUCUCCAGCCAGAGCAAGGAGAGUCUUGCCAGCUUCCGUCUCUCCCGAAUCAUGGAGAUCAAGAUGGAGUCGUCUAGUUUCAUCUUCAGCACUCUCACAGUGCUUGAGGAGGGGAAUGUGAAGCAUUGGUUUGGUUCCCUAAAGCCCAACAGGGUGGUGGUUUAUAAUGUGUUGGAGCAUUUCUGGAGAGAACGCCUUCUUUCUCCCAGUUCAGAGGCCCGGGGAGCUGAGUCUCAGCCCUCUAAAGGGCGAGAGCUGAUCAACCUGGUGGCAGGAGCCCAGAGAAGACUAGAGGACACUGGCAGAGUCCUCAGCCACCAGGGAGAGCAGUUUGACAACAUGAUGCAGGGUCUGGAGAAGAUUGACUCCGACUUGGGCGUGGCUGACAAACUUCUGUCAGAGCUGGAGUCUCCCUCCUGGUGGCCUUUUGGCAAACUCCCCUGGAAGGCUCAGCAGGAAGCCAAGGCUGAGGACGCUGCAAGAGCUGCAGCUGCUGCUGCUGCUGCUGCUGCUUCAGCAGGCAGGGGGUCUAGUAGAAAUAAGGUGAUCAGUAGCAUCCCAGCAGUUGUGUCCAAAGGUGGAGACUCGGACUUGAAGCCUGGUUGUUUGUUGGUGCUGGUGUCCUCACUGGAAGUGCGAGACACAAACUGCCAACUCCUUCACCGAUUUGAACGAAAUGAAAUUGAUGAAAUCAGGGUGCACAGUCCCUAUGAGAUUACUGUUAGACAGCGUUUUAUUGGGAAGCCCGAUAUAUGUUACAGGUUCCUGUCUGCCAAGAUGCCAGAGGCACUGUCAGUGUUAGAGAUGCAGUACAAAAAGAAGGUGGAGUUCACAGGUGAAUACACAGCUUUCAAGGCUACUCCACUUUCAUCUCCAUGUGAUACAGAAGGGACAACCUGGAAUGAAGGUUUGCUGCAGAAGUGCCAAGAGACAGAGCUCCCACUGGAGGUCCCAGCAGGAGAGCUGUCCCAGUUGCAGGUGCAUCUCCUCCAGCCAUCUGUCAGUCAAGCUGAGGCCCAGGAGCUCAAACAGAUGCUGAUGCAGCUGAAGAACCUUGCCCUGGAGGCAGAAACGGAGCUGGAACGGCAGGACGAAGUUCUGGAUGUCCUGACAAGCUCGACGGAUCGAGCCACCAUGCACAUAGAGAAGCACACCUGCCGCAUGAAAAGACUGCUGUAGUCCUGACGGCUCAGGAGACACGUGAUCGCCAUGUUCCUUCUGACAAACGUACUGUAUGCCUCCUCAUUGUCCACACGGUAUUGGUACAGUUUGAGAACACUGAAAUUCAGCAGUAGAGACUUGCAUUUAGCCAGAAUAGUUUAUAGGAUUUUUACUACAUUUGUUGGUAUGAUCACAGUGAUGUCUAGGCAGCACUAAAGAUAUUGACAAAAAUGAAACUUGACCAUCCUUGGUCAAUUUAAGAGCAUACCUAAGAGGAAUUAAUAAACACGUGGACUCACACUUUUCUCUAAUAUAUUUCUUUGUGACAAAAAUAACAAUUUUGCUAGCUUAUGUCAUGUCAAAUCUAAAUUUCUCUUUCUUUUUCAUUAGUUUAUUUGAAACAGACUCAAUGUCUGAGUGAGAUGCAUCACCAUCUUUGUGAACAGUACAUUAAGUGUUCACUCUCUCAAUGCAUGUCUUGCAACUGCGGCUAGUAUUGCUACCAUUGCAUCCGGCUUAUAUGCAAUAGGCUACAUGGCACUUUGAAAACAGAUUUUUAGUAUUCUUACUUUUAGGAUUUAGAAUAAAGGAACAAUGAACUUGAUCACCACUUGGUUGAAAGUCUAUGGAAGCGUAGGUGAAAACUUACAAACAGGUAUCAGUAUACUGUAUUACCAUAAUAGGAACAUGACUAUCGUUAGGUAGGAAAAAAAAUCAUCUCUCCCUUGGUUCAGCAUCUAGUAGUGAGGCUUAUUGUUGGGCUCUCGCUAUUAAAUCCCUAUGAAAAUAUUAGCAGGGGCAGUCAAUGAGAGACCACACCCAUGUCAGAGUUCUAGUAACUCAUACUGAUUGCUGGUGUCACCUGAGUGGUAGCUGAGGGACUCGCAUGAAACCGCAGUGCAUGUCAUUCACCCCCAGUGAAACCAGCAGGUGAAAAAUAAGCUGAUAAUGUUUGUAUCAGAGGAGACACACAGCAGUUUAAACCGUUCACAAAUACAGUGAACAGCAAAAUGGACAUUUAGAAGAAAAACACCUGGUGCACUUACUAACUGCAUGUUGUUUCUGUAGGUGUUAUUUACAAGACGGGUGUAAGAAUGGUGGAUAAACCUGAUUUGAGCAUACAAACGAAAGCUUUCCGAUAGAAGUAAAAGUAAUAAACUGACAGAUGAAGUUAGUCCAUAUCUGUGUCUCUGAUAAUGAACUGCCAUUCCUCCUUUUUAUAACCAUUUCUGUCCUGUUAAAAAUGUCUUUCUCAGGUUCUAGGUGUCACUUCUCCUCUCUGGACACAGUUUACCUGUACGCUAAACGUUGCAUGUCUCAAUAUUACUGCUUUGUAUUGCAGCAAGUGCAAAUAUCCCAUCAUCAUCACUGUAUAGCAGAAGACUGUAAAUGUGCAAUUAAGUUAUGGAACUUGUAAAAACAGAGUACAGAACACUCCCUCUCUCUUUUUUCUUUUUAGAAUAUUAUCGCUAAAAUACUUUAUGUUAAGAUCCACAUCUCCUGUAUAUGCCUGAUGCUAUUCUAGAUAUGUAUUAUCUGUAAAUGACUGACAAAUGUAUUGUAAUUCUGUGAUUUUAUUGUGCUCUGUUAUCACUGUGAAAUUGUAACUAGCCAUUAGGUGAACUUGAGAUAUCUGUACCAAGUUUAAAAAUGAUCUCAGUGCUUAUUUUUGUUGAUAAUUUAUCUUGACACUGGAUUAGCUUUAAAUAGAAGGGAAGUCUGCGUCAUUGUAAACAUCGAAUGAGUUCCUUUUUAUCAGCUUGGACGUUGUCACCAUUUGAAGUCUGUAAUAGCAUAUGAUUUGCAAUAAAAUUGAAAUAAGUUCAA